AUGGAUUUAUAUAGAGUUGACGAAGACUAUGUCAAACCUUCCGGUAGAAGGUUUAAUUUAAAUUUCAAUGAGAAAAAAGGAAAUAAAAAAAUGUUUAGGAUUCAAAUAGAACGUGACAUUUCUGAUCAAAUAGGACCAAAAGGUUUGAUAAGAUAUUUUAUGUACUCAUGUCCUAGUAAAAAUUAUCAUAGCUACUACAUGACUAAUUACGUUCUAGAUUCACUGAGGAAUCUUGAUGAAUUUUUGGAAGAGCAAGCUGUGUCAAUAAAAGGGAAAGAAUAUACCAUUGUUUUCUUAAAGGACAAACGUGACCUUUUCCUGUUAGGAAAUAAGCCAAACAAGAGUAUUAAUAUAACCGAUAAUUUUUUUGGAACGAUACACGUUUCUCAAAAGAUAUCAUCUACAAUUGAUAAUUUUCAGGUAUUAUAA